AUGGCACAAAACUUAAAAUGAUAAACAUUUCUACUUCUUUUUCUGUUGAUUUCUUUUAUAACACUUUGUUGCGUGGCUGCAGUACCUUACCUCUUUGAUGAUUAGAUGAUAGUUUUUUUUUUUUUAAGUUUUUUUCUCCAUGCUUCCCUUACAUUUUCUUAGCAACCCCCCCGCCACCCCAACACCUCCCAUCUGUUUUGGUCUCUAUAGUCCCUGUUAGAUCCUUUCCCCAAGUGUCUGGUAGUCCAGUCUGCUGACAUUUAGCGGUAGAAGACCAAAACUCUAAUAACUCUGUGCUCGUGAGAGGGAGGACGGGCUUAUCAGCUGGAGCCUCAUGUAAAGAACCUGGGGAGGCAUUGGUUGGGGCACAGCCCUCCCCUAGUUCUCAUUCCAUUGGGCUGCCUGCCUGCCUGCCUGCCCUCCUGUGCUAGAGGUUUCUCGUGCUGGAAGAUGCCAAGCUUUUGAGGAUGCAGAGUGUACCUUGGGUGGUUCUCCGCUUUGCCUGCUGCCGGGCGAGGAUUUGAUUUUCUUGGAUCUACUGAGUGACUGCUUUUUCAUCUGCUUCUUGGUUUCCAAGAGCAUAUUGCUGUCGUCUCCUUGUUGUGCCUCCUAUUAUAGUGGGGGUUUUGUUUGGGGGAGGGGACUUUUAAAUUAACAGGGAAUAAACAAAAUUAAAUGGGCUUGUUUAAUCUGCCGUCUUAAUCUGGAACUCCUCCAAGCACUUUCUGAACUCCCUGCCCCACAGAGCCCCUUUACAAGCCACACGGGAUGUAGAUCUCAGCCCCAAAGCAUUGCCUGUUUUCAUCAUUCACAGACAUAGUUCUAAAUGACUUUCAGCUAUUUCUAGAAAUCAGACACAUCUUCCUAAGUGAAAGUUUACCAUGUUUAAGGUUCCAUGAAAGAAUGUACCCUAAGUUGUUGUCCAGCCCCUGGCUGAGAAGGAACGGGCAUGUGGGAGGCGGGUAAAGAGCACGCAGGGAGGGGACGGAGAAGCUCCUAAGCCAGCUCCUUCAUGGGUCCGUUUCGUUUCAGUGCAUGGCACUUCCCGGAAGAAACGAGUCUCAUUCUCACUGUGAUCUGUACCCAGGUGGGGAGAUAUGGGGUGUGGGCCUUGCAUGUAAAUUGACAACACCCCUUCCCAUGCAGGGUACCCUCAGGUGGUCAGGAACACUUUUGGAAGAUAAAUCUAAGGAAGAGGGUGGUACUUAGCAGCUGUCAUUUUCCUUUCAGGCUCCUGUGACGUUUGAUGACAUCACUGUGUACUUACUCCAGGAGGAAUGGGUGCUGCUGAGCCAGCAACAGAAGGAGCUCUGUGGUUCUGACAAGCUGGUGGCACCACUGGGUAUGGGUGCCCAUCCACAUCCCUGCCACCGUCAAUCUAGAUCAUCAUUCCCAACCUCAUCUGCGUCAGGAACACUGGAGAGAAUUUUCUGGAAUCCAAGCAUUUGUCUAGGCAUCUUUAUACCACCUAUCUGCUCGAUCCCGUAUCUACCUUAAUUGCAUGCAGAUUCACACAUCACCCUUUCUCUUCUCCCCUUAAAAUGGUCAAGAGAAGUGGGGCAAUCUGGUAGGCCUGGGCUGGACUCCUGGGUCUGUCUCCUGGUGCCUCAGAAUGCCCCAAGGGGCCAGGAGGGAAACUCGGAAGCUAGGCCUGUGGAUCUGUGGAGCCCGUAGGACGCUGGAGGACCAACUGUUGCCAACCCUGAGCUGUUCUGUAAGUUCGGACGAGGGCCAGAGCCAUGGCUUGGCAGCGUCCAGGGCCAGAGGAACCACCUGGAGCAUCACUCAGAUUGCAAAGAUCUCCUUUUGGCUGGUUGUAUCUGUCCUUUAAAUUCAAGAAACAAAAAGGAGGGGCGAGUUCCGUAAAGCCCAUCCCUUUGGCUUUCUUCUGGAUGAGGUGAGGAAAGGGCCUGCAGACUUGGCCAGGACUAGAAGAAAAUUCAGGUGUGUGUGUUUGCUUUCCCCCUUUCAUAUUUGAGGUUCUUCAGAGCCACUGUGAGUUGCAGUGGCUCUAACUACAGGAUUUUAAAGCAAAUCCCUUCCGUCCCUGUUCUCUAAAGGAAAAAAACAGAUGGGCUACAUGGAAGAAAUGGGCGUGCGAGGUCCCACCAGGGAGAGUGGACAGUCCCUGCCGCCUAAGAAGAAAGCCUGCGUUUCCCACCUCAGUACGGGCAGUGGACACAUCGAGGGAGACUGGGCAGGAAGAAACAGGAAACUCCUGAAGCCCCGGUCCAUCCAGAAGUCAUGGUUUGUGCAGUUUCCGUGGCUGAUCAUGAAUGAGGAGCAGACGGCUCUGUUUUGCUCUGCUUGCCGAGAAUACCCCUCCAUCAGGGACAAACGGUCAAGACUAAUAGAAGGUUAUACAGGACCAUUCAAGGUGGAGACUCUCAAAUACCACGCCAAGAGCAAGGCCCACAUGUUCUGUGUCGAUGCCUUGGCAGCAAGGGACCCCAUCUGGGCAGCCCGGUUCCGGAGCAUCAGAGACCCAUCUGGAGAUGUCCUGGCCAGCCCGGAGCCGCUCUUCACGGCAGAUUACCCCAUAUUCUACCCCCCAGGGCCUCUGGGAGGCUUUGAUAGCAUGGCUGAGCUCCUGCCAAGCUCAAGAGCUGAACUAGAGGACCCUGGGGGGAAUGGAGCAAUUCCUGCUAUGUAUCUAGACUGCAUUUCAGAUUUGAGGCAAAAAGAAGUCACUGAUGACAUCCACAGCUCCUCAGACAUUGGUAUUUUAUGUAAUGAUGCAGUAGAAUCCUGCAUUCAGGACCCUACUGCAGAGGGGUUGUCGGAGGAGGUUCCUGUGGUGUUUGAGGAGCUGCCGGUGGUGUUCGAGGAUGUGGCAGUGUAUUUCACCCGGGAGGAGUGGGGCAUGCUAGACAAACGGCAGAAGGAGUUGUACAGAGACGUGAUGCGGAUGAACUACGAGCUGCUGGCGUCCUUAGAUAUUCUGUUGAUUCCUACUGUGGAAGAUGGAGAUACGGCCCUGUUACAUCACCUGGGCCCCCACUUCUCUUCCCUCCAUCCUCUCAGAACAGGACCUGCUGCUGCCAAGCCAGACUUGAUCUCCAAACUGGAGCGGAGGGCUGCACCCUGGAUCAAGGACCCAAAUGGGCCAAAGUGGGGGAAAGGUCGUCCUCCAGGGAACAAGAAGAUAGUGGCAGUGAGAGAGGCAGACACACAGGCCCUGGCUGCAGACUCUGCGUUGCUUCCAGCCUCUCCCGUGGAGGCCCGUGCCUCCUGCUGCAGUCCCAGCAUUUGUGAAGGAGAAGGAGAUGGACCUAGGAGAAUCAAGAGGACAUAUAGGCCCCGUUCCAUUCAGAGGUCAUGGUUUGGGCAGUUCCCAUGGUUAGUCAUUGACCCCAAAGAGACCAAACUCUUCUGCUCAGCCUGCAAAGAAAGACCUAAUCUCCACGACAAAUCAUCUCGGUUAGUCAGAGGUUACACGGGGCCUUUUAAAGUGGAGACUUUAAAAUACCAUGAAGUCAGCAAAGCCCACAGGCUCUGUGUCAACACGGUUGAAAUCAAGGAAGACACCCCUCACACUGCCCUCGUUCCAGAGAUCUCCAGCGACCUCAUGGCCAACAUGGAGCACUUUUUCAAUGCCGCCUACUCCAUCGCAUACCACUCAAGGCCCCUGAAUGACUUUGAGAAGAUCCUGCAGCUCCUCCAAAGCACCGGGACCAUGAUAUUAGGCAAGUACCGCAAUCGCACAGCGUGCACUCAGUUCAUCAAGUACAUCUCGGAGACCCUGAAGAGGGAGAUCCUGGAGGACGUGCGGAACUCGCCCUGUGUGAGUGUGCUGCUGGACAGCUCCACCGAUGCCUCCGAGCAGGCCUGCGUGGGGAUUUACAUCCGCUACUUUAAGCAGAUGGAGGUGAAAGAGUCCUACAUCACUCUGGCCCCUCUCUACAGUGAGACAGCAGAUGGGUACUUCGAGACCAUCGUUUCUGCCCUGGAUGAGCUGGACAUCCCCUUCCGGAAGCCUGGCUGGGUGGUGGGGCUGGGAACGGAUGGCUCAGCCAUGUUGAGCUGCAGAGGAGGCCUUGUGGAAAAAUUCCAGGAGGUCAUCCCGCAGCUGCUGCCUGUCCACUGUGUGGCCCACCGGCUGCACCUGGCUGUGGUGGAUGCCUGCGGGAGCAUCGAUCUGGUGAAGAAGUGUGACCGGCACAUCCGCACCGUCUUCAAGUUUUAUCAGUCGUCAAACAAGAGGCUGAAUGAGCUGCAGGAAGGUGCAGCGUCUCUGGAGCAGGAGAUCAUCCGCCUGAAGGAUCUGAACGCAGUCCGCUGGGUGGCCAGCAGGAGGCGCACGCUGCACGCGCUGCUUGCGAGCUGGCCCGCCCUGGCCAGGCACCUCCAGAGUGUGGCGGAGGCUGGGGGCCAGAUUGGGCACCGGGCCAAGGGGAUGCUGAAGCUCAUGCGCGGCUUCCACUUUGUCAAGUUCUGCCACUUCCUGUUGGACUUCCUGAGCAUCUACAGGCCUCUGUCCGAGGUGUGCCGGAAGGAGAUUGUGCUGGUUACAGAGGUAAACGCCACGCUGGGCCGGGCCUAUGUGGCACUGGAGAGCCUCCGUCACCAGGCGGGGCCCAAAGAGGAAGAAUUCAACGCCAGCUUCAAGGAUGGGCGGCUCCACGGCAUCUGCUUGGAUGGACUGGAGGUAGCGGAACAGCGGUUCCAGGCAGACAGAGAGAAGACGGUCCUGACCGGGAUUGAGUACCUCCAGCAGAGGUUCGACGCAGACCGACCCCCACAGCUCAAGAACAUGGAGGUGUUUGACACCAUGGCCUGGCCAAGCGGGAUCGAACUUGCCAGUUUUGGGAAUGAUGACAUUCUCACCCUGGCCAGGUAUUUCGAGUGCUCCCUCCCAACAGGAUACAGUGAGGAUGCUCUGCUGGAGGAGUGGCUGGGCCUGAAAGCCAUCGCCCAGCACCUUCCGUUCUCCAUGCUCUGCAAAAACGCCCUGGCUCAGCACUGCCGCUUCCCCCUGCUGAGCAAGCUCAUGGCCGUGGUGGUCUGUGUGCCCAUCUCCACCUCCUGCUGUGAGCGGGGGUUCAAGGCCAUGAACCGUAUCAGGACCGAUGAGAGGACCAAGCUCUCCAAUGAGGUGCUCAACAUGCUCAUGAUGACGGCUGUGAACGGCGUGGCCGUCACGGAGUAUGACCCUCAGCCUGCCAUCCAGCACUGGUUCCUGACCUCCUCAGGCCGGCGUUUCAGCCAUGUCUACGCCUGUGCCCAGGUGCCAGCCCGCUCCCCUGCAAGCGCCAGGCUCAGGAAGGAGGAGGUGGGAGCCCUCUAUGUGGAGGAGUCUGGGAGCCAGAAGCCACCCAUCCUGCCCUCCAGGGAAGCAGUGGAGGUUCUGAAGGACUGCAUCAUGGAGCCUCCCGAGAGACUCCUGUACCCCCACACCAGCCAGGAGGCCCCCGGGAUGUCCUGAGGGACAGGGAGUCCUUGGGACUGCCUUGGAGACACCUCUGUGAUCACUGGGACGGGCUCUGCAGAUUCUAGGCUGCCCUGGGAUCUUCUGCUGGUGGCGAUGGUCUCUAAGCACCAGGAAGUGGGCAGUGGCGUCCCGGAGCAGCAGGGGUAUUAGGAGGUGCAUGACCUGUUUCCUGAGGCCCCAUUCAGCACAGCCAUGCCUCAUAGCACACAAAUGUGCCAGAAGGUUCUAGAUCUCAAGUUCAUUUUUAAGGUGCUCCAGAAAAUAACCCCAUCAUGAAAGGUUUCAGCCCCUGAGUUCUGGUGGCAAGAGGACUGUCCUGGUGGGGGAGACUGUUGGACAUCCCUGGGGAAUGUUCCAGGGAGGCUGCCCACAGCCUAGUGAGAAUGGGAAAGGCCUCUUUGUUAGAGGGGGAGCUGCCCUAGGGACAGCUGGCCUGGCUGCAGGAGCCCCCAGAGGCAUUGUUCUGGGACUUCCUACCCUGGCUCCCGCAGCAGAAACAGUGAGGCCUCGAUCUUGUGCGGAUCUGUACCUCUUCCCAGGGCUUCCUUCAGGGCGAAACAAUCACAAGCCCUUUGCACAGAGCACCCUUGAAAGUUCUCUUCCUGCAGCUCCAGAUGGUAGAGCUGGGACUCUUCUGGCAGGCGGUCUGGUGCUUCCCGCAGAGCCGAGCCGCGUUUGACCUGUGGCAUGCCCUGCCCGGUUUCCUCAGGAGAGGAUGGGACCAAGUUGGAGUUGGGAGGCUUGGGAUGCAGCCCCAGCUCUGCUGCAGGCAGUGGUCUGAUUAAUCCCUUCCUCUUUUCUGUGCCUCAGUUUCCCUCUCCAUGAAGUGGCAGCAGAGAAUCCAAGUGCCUGCUGACUCCCCACCUGCCCUAGGAUUAGUGAAUGAGAGCCUCGGGCUCCCUGAAAGACCUCUGACUGCAGUGUGGACUCACCUGCCUUCCGCCCCAUCCUCGUCCUUAGUGGGACAGGUAGGAAUUUGUCUCCAAAGUCCUUGUAGGAGUUGGUCUCUGAACGCACCAUCUGCAUGACAGGCUAGUCCUCUCUUCUCCGAGUUGCCCUGGGGACUCUGCACCAGGAUUGCCAGGGCCCACUGAGACAUCCCGGAAUGGGGACUCAGUGACAGGGGCUUUGAACAAGCUCCUCCAGGGUCUGUGGGCCUGCUCCAGCUUCAGAACCACAGAAGCACCGCCCUAGAGGCACAGAGGGGCUUCCGGCACUGCUAGGUUCACACCCUCCUUGCCCAUCUUCCAUCUAAAGCGAAGCACUUUUCCUUCCAGGGGCAGCUCCAUCUUGGCAGGCUCAGGAGGCCGCUUAUCAGGAGGCAGAUGAUUUUGUCUAGGUUCCGCCUUCCUUAACCAUGGGCAGGAAAUAAGGAAAGUCAGCAGGCAGGGUUUCUCUGCCCUGCCUGACACUUACUUUAAACAGGCAGAAAGUGGGUGCCAUCCAUCCCAGCUUGCUUGCUGCCUGGCUCAGGCAGGUCCUGUGCUGUGCCACAGGCCCCUGUGGGUGGGCCCUUUCUCCAUAGUCUGCUGCUUCCCAUUCCCAGGGUAGUUGCUGGCAUCUGAGCACCUGAGUACCCUUCCUGUUCCCAGGGUAGAAGCUGCUGUCUGAGUACCCUUCCCAUUCCCAGGGUAGAUGCUGGCGUCCACGCCCCUCCCCAGUACUGCAGGUGCCCUAGUACCCCAUAUGCCCUUUCAUCCCCCACCCCAGCACUUAGCCUUAGCACUGUUGCUUUCCUGCCAUUUUCAGUUCUAGUCAGGAAUUCCUUUCUUGCUUUCUGCCUUUGACCUGUGGAAAUGUCUCCCAGCCCUGUGGGUCUGGCAGUCAGAGGGACCCCUCAGGCCUGUGGUGCGGGAGCUCUGGGAGGUGUUACUAUCCACGUGGCUAAGACAUGCACAGGCCUCCCUCUCUCCAUCACUGUCUCCAUGGGCGUUCAGGAACUUGCCCAGGUCAGGCACUGUGGAUGUGAACUGGUGGAAGGGGAGGGAGAAAGGCUUUUUUAGGUGGGGCUGUAGCCUCUGCCCUACCCACAGGGAUUCCACAUCAAGGUGCUAUUCCAGCACACACGCUUCCUGCGGCCUCUUCAUCCUUGAAGAGUCCCUCAGAGCAGGGGACCAUCCUGUGAGCAGCCGUGAGUGGGUCUCUGUGGGAGCAGUUCUGGAGCUGAGGUGGAAACCAGGGGAAGUACCUCACCCUCUCCACGUCAGCAUCAGCAUGCUCCGAGGACACCGUCCAGUGCCUUCCUUAGGUGGUGGGAAAAGGGGUCCCCUUGCAGCGGGGCCACUGAGCAUGCUGUUUGUCAGAAUUUGCACUACCCGAUUUCUUGAGUGGCGCAGGCCUGCUCCGUUCCCCUUUGUCAGCCAAUGACCAAGAAGGAAGAAGACGACUGCCGUCUCAUUCCUGAACUUCCUCAUUCAGGACUCCCGUGGAAACACAGUGAGCGUCCUUAUCCGAGGCCCCGGCCCAGGCCGGCCCCUUUGCUUUGUUUGGAGAGGCUGGCUGAGUUACGGCCCCUAGUGCCUGGAGACCCCCUUGUUGGAGAGGCUUCCUGUUUAUGCCUCACAAGAAAAACCACAGGGCUCUGGGAGUGGAAGGAGCAUGCACUCCCGCUUUGGCUGGCGUCCCAGCGCUUGUUGCCCGUAGUCUUGACAGCAUCCGUAUGUACGUGUCCUGGCAUUUCCCCUCCCUCUCCCUGAUGACUGAUGCCCACCGGGUCUGACAUUCCAAGUAACCAGUAUGUAACUGGUAGUUUGAUCCCAGUAGCCAUAGCGACUCCAGGUGGGAGAGAGGGAGCCAGCCCCCUGUCCUGAGAGUAUGUGACCACGCUCCAGAACCUUGCUUCUCUCUCCUGCAGAGGGUGGGUUUCUAGGGUGCUAAGUACCUAUCAGAACAGCGUGGAGGGGCAGGUACACUAACUGACUGGCCCAGGGACACUCUUUCCUCUAUUUUCAAAGAUGAAAGGAGGUUUUAAAAACCAUGUUUGAUUCCUAACCUUUUGCUACCUGAAUAAAGCAGAGUCUAUUUCAACACA